UCGUAUGGAAUUUUAUUCGGUCAUCAUUUCCACUGAGAAAUCAUUACAGAGGCAAGCUUAACAUGCAGUUGAACUACAAUAUACGGAUACACUAAGCAAAUCAAGUUGUUCUUAAGGCGCUAAACUUAAAAAUAAAAAAUUGCCUACUUCGCCAUAUACGAAGUUGGAAAAAGUGAAAAAAAAAUUAAAACUAUGCCACACAGUAACUAUACGUUUUUAGUGACGUAAUGCUAUUGCGCGUCAACUCGUGACCGCGUUAGUUUUAAUUACAAGAUAAUUAGUCUCAAGAUACGUUGAAAUCCGUGAUUAACUCAAAAUCUUAUCUGUGGYUACACUCGGAUUUGGGAUUUCUUCCUUGAAAGAGUGACCAUCAUUACAACAGCACCUACUAAUAAUAUCGUAAAAAAAAUUAUGAUACAUGAUUAAUAUUGUCAUAUUAUAAUGAAUAUCGGUACAGUUUUAGUUGCUUCUGCAGUUACGUACUGCAGUCGUGUUCUUAUUYCAUGGUCGCCGUAUUAAAUAUCGAGACCCAUUACAAUAACGUUAUGACCGGGAUAAAAUAUAAUUUUAGACUUUUGUUCAAAACAAACGAUUUUAUCACAGGCCGGGUAAUAACAGUAGCAGCGUCGUAUYGAACAGGUUCGCGAAUAACGUACGAUUUGUUAUUUCCGGUGGAUUACAUCGCAUAACAUUAUUAUCAUCAUCAUUAGUGUUGCCGUUGUCGCGAAUUACGUCUCGUCGGAAUAAUAUUGAACGAUCGGCGGUCGUCGUAGAAAGGAACGCCGCUUGUUGCCGCCCCAUUAAUGCGGGCGUACACGUAGUUGGUUGUCGUGACGGGCCACGUCCUCAAACGGUAUCGAAGUCGUCCGGUGCCCAGMAAACACCACCGUUUGUCGGCGAAUUGUUAAUCAUGGAAGAACCGACUCGCAUCCGUUGUUUACACGUGCCCGUGCUAUAGUCAUUUCUCAAACGUAGGCCGUAUAAUAGCGACCAGCGAAACGUACAACAAAAAACAACCGAUUUUUCAAUGACUCAACAAUGAUUAAUCGUGUAAUGAACGAUGUGAUCGGUUUCGUCGUCUGGAAAACAAUGAAAGGUUAAUGGCGAUUAUGAUUUGUUAUAAUAAAAACAAAAUAUUGUGUACAAUAACAUUGGUAACGUUUAUUCAUUUAUUGCACAAUGUGUGUAAAACUACAACUGUAGAACACGAAAACAAAAUCGUCAUUCGUCAGUGUUGUCGCAGGAGAGCUAAAAAAAAAAAAAGAAAAAAACAGCAACCGGAAACCGGGUGGCAACGUGACCAUGCUAAUCGCGAUCUUGUAAACAAGAAGCGAUGAUAUUGUAUCGAUACAGCUGCAGCAGUAACCCUUGAAAUGGAUCUUUGAGUCGCCGCCGUGCGUUUUCGUUAUCGCGUCGCCGACAGCACUGUAGAAAAGACGCGGGAAAUGACGCCGUGACAAAGGCGCCCAACGCGAUCGGACGAUAACCACGACAGUCUGAACGAAACCUCGAAACGCGACGCUUUCAGCGACUGAAAUAAAUGUUAAUACAGCAUAAUAUUAUUACUGCAUUAACCGCAAGAACGUCGCGACGCGUCGAACGAAUUCGGAGGACUGCCACCGAUGACGUGCCGACUAACGCGAUAGUGCAAUACUCCCCUCCCCCCCGUCACCACCCACCUGAAGCAAAACGGCAUUGAAGCGCUGCGUUUGUACGGCGCGCCGCGACAGGCACCACACCGCGCCCCGCGCACCAUCAACGGGUCAAUCGUAGWCCGUACGUCCGUAGUCUCGUCCGGCGUUCGCAUGCAGCACGAAGUUACGCGCCACACAGCGCUACACACGAGUUCACGACCACAGGCCGCAGUGAGUUGUUUUUCGCAUCAAUAAUGUCGUUCGAGUGUUUUGCCGUACGUUUAUUUCGUCCCUGACUGUCGUCGCUACGCUCGGUGCAUGUAUCCGGACUGCGUGCACGACUGUUGCAGAACACUUUCCCCGUUCGCGUAAACCGCUGGAUUUUCUAUUGUCCCGUCGAUCAUAGCUCGCGGGCUGAUAACUCGGUUUGCCCACGCGGAUUGUCGUCGAACACUAUGUCGUGGAUAUAAUGUGAUCGUUGGCGCGUUUUUCCUCCGGCCCUGACGAUAAUAGUGACCACAUGACGGCACGGUGGUACGAGUACCAUCGCCGUACCGCCCGAACCAGAUUUUUCGGUGGUUCACCUGUAGUCGCUCGCGUCCCUCCCCACCACAUUCCUCUAGAAUAACCGCCAUCUUUGUUGUUUUCUCGUUUGGUGAGUUCAUUUGUUACCGGACCGUGGUUGUGCGAGUACCUGCGUCCGUCUACUUUUCGUCAUAAGUAACGGGCAUAUUUUUAUUUUAUCGAAGUCAUGGGUGACGCCGACGACCCGUCUCGGGAUGUUAACCAACUCUCUCGGAAUGACGGCCCCGCUCCCGAAGAAGACAAACAUUACUACGACAAACUGCUGACGCACCUCCAGUCUUUCUUGCCGUUUCUCACUCAAGUUAUUAACAGCAGCGAACUAUUAGACAUCUUACCCGAUCGUGUGUCCAAGUUGCGGUAUUUGUACGAACUGGUGGACGCCAAAAGGUUGUCACCAGAUCGUCUAAAAACUUGUAAAAAAGUAUUUUAUGAUUUAUACGAUAACUACAGUAAUCCAUUAAAUUACUAUUUGCCUCCAGAUUUUAAAACUAGUUGGAUGCAAGAAACACAAUUAAAUGACGAAGAAAAUAAUGUAUCCUCAGAAGUAAGUUGUACAUCUAACGAAAGUAAUCAAAACCUAAAUGGUGAGCCUGAACAAUCUGAUGAAUUAUCAAUUCCAAGUACUAGUCAUGAAAAAAUAGUUAGCAAUCAAAUGGAUUGUCUCAAAGAUAUGGCACCAAAUAAUGAGAAUACUAUAAAUAAAAACUUUGAAAAUGUUGAUGAAACUGGCAAGCCAUCUUGUAGCAAAAAUUCAAUGAAUGAUUCUAUGCUUGCAAAGAAUGAUUUACCAGAGUUCUCGGACAGUCGUCUAAGGCUUAAUAAAUUAAUUGGUUUUGCGACCAAUGCUUCUAUUGAAAAGCUUAAUAAGUCUGAUGCAUCUAUUUCUCAUACCGACCUUACUACACAGAUUUUUGAUGAAAUGAACAAACAAAAAAAUGGUCCAAUUAUUUAUAAAAAUAUGUUAAAAGGUAUUAACAUGGAUGAUAUUGAUGUUAACUAUGUUAAAAAGGUAAUAGACGGUAUUAAAAAAGCUAGUUGCGUGGAACCAGUUCAGCCACCGCCAUUACCCCCAUCUGAUCUUAUGGAUUUAGGAGCAUCGAGAAUAAAUUUAAUAUCAACUACUGAGCCAAAUUCCAGUGAAUUAACUCAUGAUGAUGCAUCAUUAAAUAAAUCUACUAUUCAUACGCAGUUGAACACCGAAGUAAAUCAAAUGCGUAAAACAGGUUCAUCAAAUGAAACUAAACAAAAGAUAAUAUCUGUGUUAAAACCAGGUACUUUAAUUGAUCUCGAAAAUUCAAAAGUAGUUCGCUCUUCUUUGCAUAUAGAGUCUCUUAGACCAAUCAUUAAAUCAAACGAGAAAAACACUGAAAUUAAAACAUCCGUUGCUGACAUAACUGUCCCUCGUGAUCCAAGAAUAAGACGUAAAUCUUUAUUAUGUUCUGAAAGCAAUGUUAGUCCAUUUAAUGCAGUACCUGCAUCAGUAUCAUCAAAUGUUCAAUAUGGUUUUUCAACUAAUAUUCCAACUCCUUUCGCUCCAAACAGAGACAAUUCAUAUGCUAAAUUGUUUGAGACCAGAGCACAGGAAAUAUCUGUAUAUAGUGGUCAAAGUUCAGCAAGUCAUACAAUUAUUCAACAAUUAAAUCCACAAUAUUCUUCAGAACAUAAUGGUAACUCUAUUCAAUUUAUAAACAGACCAUUGUCUCAAAAUCAAAACAAACAUUAUCAUGGUAAUGAUGAUAGAAGAAAUGAUUAUAGUCAAUUCAGUGAUUCUACCAAAAUGCAUGUUAAUCCAUCCCAUACUGAGCCAUUGACAAAAUAUUGUGAUCCAAUACCAUAUAAAUCUCACAGUAAUGAUGUAUCGAAGAGAGAUCCAAGAAUAUUGAAAAAUUUUAAAACAAUUCAACAUUCUAAUUAUAAAGAAUAUAGAGAAGCCAARUCCAGAGAAAAAAAUAAAAACAAUAUGAACCAGGAUCAAGAUCAACAUCGUAGCCUAGUCAAUGAGAAAAUUGAAAGAAAUAACAUCAUUAAUUCUUCUUAUAAUACUUUUGGAACUGUAAAUGAAACAGCUAAUAUUAAAAAUUUCAAGAUCCCCAAAAUUAAAUAUAAUGAAGAACAUAAUGAUAAUAGUACAGAAGAGGACUCUAAACUCAAAACAUUUUGGGCUGAUAGUAAAAAUAAUAUAGAUGUUUUAAGAACUGAGAAGAAUUCCAAAAUACACUUGAAAGCUGAUACAUUAAGAGGUCAAAAUUUAGUAGAUGGUCAGAAAUCUGAAAUAAAAAAAAAUAAAACAUCAAAAAGAGAUUCCAAAAUAACUGAUAAAAUUAAUGAUAGCAAUGUAGAUAAAGACCUAGAAAUUGGAAUAAUCACGAAUUAUAAUACAGAAAAAGAUCUAAAAAUUAAAAAAAAUAUAUUGAAUACUGAAUCAGAAAAAGAUGAUGAUCGUCCAAAAAUUACUGCUAAUAUUUCAAGUAAAGUUGACAAGGAUGAAGUUGAUCCUAAAUCUGAACAAAAUACCAUUUUAAUAGACCCUGCUGACCAGAAUAAGCCCAAGAAACAAAAAAAAUGUUCCAAAGAAAAAGAAUUUGAAAGAAUUGUUAGAAAUGCCUCCAAGAGUUUAGAUGAUGAUGUAUGGGGUCCUAGAACAAGGACAAGAAGUUCCGUGAUGAAAAAAGAAGAAAUCUCAAAAACUUUAAAAGUAAACAACUCAAAGCCAAAAUUAGAAAAAGACAUUAUAGCAAAAAAUUAUAAUAAAUCAGAAUCUGGUGAAUGUAGUAAGAACCUUGAUAAUGUAUCAAUUCCUAACUUAGAAGUUGUUAGUGGACAGACUGAAAUCGGACAUAAUAUUAUAUCAUCUACAUCAAAGGAACAAUCAGGAGUCGUAAAUUCUACAACAACCGAAAUUAUAUGUAAAAGUCAAGAAGAAAAUAUUGUUUCUUCUAAUGAAAUUAAUUCUACUGCCGAUAAUACUUCUAAGAUUGAUGAGAAAACCAUUAUUGACAUUUUGAAAAAUCCAAAGUUUAUGUCUGUGAUGAGUAUAUUUCAAGAUAAAGAUAAAAUGGAAAAACUUAACAAAUUAUUAGAAAGUUCAGAUGUCAAUACCAACAAUGAUAAUUUAAGAAACAAUGAUACAUUAAAUAAACAACAACUUGAGAUUGAUAAAGAUAAAAAGAUAAAAAGAAAAAUGAAAAAAGAAAAAAGAAAACGGAGAAAACUGAUGAAGAAUGUUAGUGAAGAAUCUUCUAUUGAUGAAAGUAAAGAUGAAUUUUCAAAUGACAUUUCAGAUGAUAGUAAUUAUAAUCAAGCAGAAAACAUAGUUAUAAGUAAAAAGAAAAUUAGCCAAUCAAAUGAAUUAAACGUAGAAAACAUUAGUUCUUUAACUGAUCAACAUAAAUUAAAAUCUAUCAAACGUAAAAAAUCUAAAGAAAGCUAUGGCAAUUUUGAAAUUCUAAAAGAUAAAUGCAAACCUGAGUUAAAAGACUUAAAAAUUGUUAUUGCUAAAUUUGAUAAAAAUAUUAGGAGAAGUGAAAACUGUAAUUCAGAUAUUUCAAGUACAAGUGACGAUGUACAAACCAAUAAUCAACCAAAAAAUGUUGAAAUACCUCAAGAAAUUAAACCGAAGAAGCCUUUUUUAGGUCCAUUGAGUGUUAAAUUAGCUAGACAAAAAAUGGAAAUAGAACAAAAUAAUUCCCAAAAUGAACAAGGCUUAAAAAAUCAACCUGAAUUUGAAAUUAACAAAGUUCAUAAGGGAUCAAACUCUGUUGAUAGGUUUGAUAAAAGUAGAAAAUUAAAUACCGAAACCUUAACUAGUAUAAUGGUAGAACAACCAAUUGUUUUAAUUCGUCCUAUUCAAAAUCCUAAGCCGUUUGAUAAUGAAACCAACUCUAAUAAACCAGCUGUGCAGAAGUCUAAUACAUCAACAUUUAAUGCCAAUAAACCAGAAUUAAAAAAAGCUAGACUAACAGAAUUAGAUAAACUUCAUGCUGAUAUAAGUGAAAUGUAUGACUGUAAUGCGGUAUUAAAUGCUCCGAGUAUACGGCAAUGUAGAACCAAUAAACAAAUUGAUUAUGUAAAUACAAAUUUARUCAUGUCAAAGAAAAAGAAAACGUCUAAUAUUGAACAAUUAGAUUCAAAUGAUGAUCAAAACGAGUUUGUUCAAUGUGUAGGAAAAACAAAAAACACAAAAAAGAAAGUUAAAAAAACUAUAAUUAAAUUAAACACACAACAAAAAAAAAUUGGUAAAAAGUCAGUGGCAAACGAAACUUCAUCACCAGUAGUUGUAAAAAGUGCAGUUUUAAAUAAAAUGUCUAAUAAGAAACUAGAUAGUUUAAAAAAGAAGAAAAAGGGAAACAAGAAAUUUAAGAAGUCUAAUCGUAAGCAAAUGAAAGUAGUAUUGUUUGAUGAAUUGAAAUUGAAUAGUGUGUUAAAAAAUAAAACAUCUACAGAAAUAACAUCUAAAAUUGUCACAGAAAAUAAAUUUAAGGACAAAUUUUAUUUUCAAACUGCUGAUAAUUCUUUGGAAUGUAAAUUUUGUAAUUACAAGGAUAAAGGAUUGAAUAUUGUUCGUCAUUAUAAAGAUAAGCAUUGUGGUGAAGAAGUAUUACCAUCCAGAUUGUCCAAAAAUUGUACUGAAACAUUAAUACAUCAAUCUUUAAAAGAAAAUUUUGGAUAUCUGAAUUCUCAAGAUUCAAAACUAUUUUGUCUUCAAUCAGAGAAUAACUAUACUUGUGUUUUUUGUCAAUUCAUUUUUCUUGAUUAUUUUAAGUUUUAUGAUCAUAUUACUGGUCAUACUGGAGAAUAUAGGUACAAAUGUAAGAUGUGUGAACAAAUUUAUUCAAAUGAAGAUGAUUUGGAUAAACAUAUUUUAGAACACCCAGAAUAUGAUAAAACUGACGGAAUUUCACAUUUAAUAUUUCCAAAUCMAAUUCCGGGUAAAUACGUUUUUGGAUAUUUAUGUUCCUUUUGUUAUUAUGUUCAACUUAAUUAUAACAACAUAGUCAAACAUAUGGAAUCAGAACAUUUUGAUGAAGAUAAAAAAUUGAAUGGCCAUUGGACAGUUAUACGUAUAAGUAUGUCUGAGGCAGAUGAAAUAUACACAGAUAAUUCUAUUGAUAUUGAUAAUUUGGUAGGAUGUUUACCUCCUAUUCAGUCUGAUCAAGUUAUAUCUAAAAGUAAAGACGAUGGAGAGCAAAAACAACCAAAUCCUUUUUUUGCUAUCAAAAAAGAAUACAAUGAACAAAAUAUUGACAAAAUUCCACAGGAAUCAAAUAUUGAUGAGAGUCCGUCAGAGUUUUCUCUUUGUGAAAAUCCACCAAAUUUAACAAUUGAUACAAACUCACCUGAUUUAUCUGUUGCUGGAAAUCUUCCAGAAUCAAAUAUUAAUGAAAAUUUGACAGAUAUAACUAUUAAUACAAACUUACCAGAAUUAACUAUUAAUAAAGAUCCUUCAGAGUCAAAUAUUGAUGAAAAUCUUCCUAAAUCAGUUAUUCAUAAGAAUCCUCCAGUAUUAGUUAAUGAGAAAAUUCUGCCAGAGUCUAAUUUGCUUCACUUUUUACCAGAACAACCUAAUCAAUCCCCUACAAAAGAAUCAAGAAUCAGUGCUGACCAGCAUGUGAUCGAAUAUACUGAUUACACAAUAAAAGGGACAUCUAAAAAAUGUGUCUUGGCUGGGUUAAGUUGUGAAUUGAUAAAUUCAAUGUUAUUAUUCAAAUGCUCUGUAUCAAAUUGCCUUGAAAAUCAAUUUUCAACUGUGGUUUUGAUUGAUUUUUCCAAGCAUAUAAUUAAGAAUCAUCCAUUUGUAAUGUGGGAUGGAAAUUGCGAAGCAUGUCAUCAUAAACUCCAGAUUGUUUCUGAACAAUGUUAUGUAAAAAAUGCUUUAGAACAUUUAAUUUCUCAUCAUUUGAUUUUAAAGAAUAAUGAACAACAGCUCAAUACU